GGCCGCGGGUGUACCGGCCCCGCCCCGGCCCCGCCCCGCCCCGGAGCCGCCCGGGACUCGGGGACGAGGGAGGGCGGCACGGCCCCAGCUGCCCGCGGCGUCGGGUUCCUGCUCGCUCCUGGCCGGCCCCUGCAGGUGCCAUGAGUGAAGAGGACUUCCACAGGAGCGUGGCAGAUGCCCAGGAGUGGAUGCAGGCUGUGCAUGAGCGGCUGCACGCUAACGACAACACCCAGGGGCCCCGGGCGGCCCUGGAGGCCCGGCUGCAGGAGACGGAGAAAAUCUGCCAGCUGGAGCCCGAGGGGCGUGUGAAGGUGGACCUGGUGCUGGGGGCGGCGGAGGCCUUGCUGGCGAGCUGCCAUGAGACCCAGAAGCCCGAUAUCCUAGCCCGGCUGAAGGACAUCAAGGCCCAGUGGGAAGAGACGGUCACCUACAUGACUCACUGCCACAGCCGCAUCGAGUGGGUGUGGCUGCACUGGAGCGAGUACCUGCUGGCCCGAGACGAGUUCUACCGCUGGUUCCACAAGCUGACGGUUACGCUCGAGCCCCCCGUGGAACUGCAGCUGGGCCUGCAGGAGAAGCGGUGGCAGCUGAGCCAUGCCCAGGUGCUGCUGCAGAACGUGGACCACCAGGCCGUGCUCCUGGAGCGGCUGCUGGAGGAGGCAGCCUCGCUUUUCCACAGGAUCGGAGACCCCAGCGUGGACGAAGAUGCCCAGAAGAGGAUGCAGGUCGAGUACGAUACAGUGAGGACCAAGGCCCAGGACCGGGUGCACCUGCUGGCUCAGGUGGUCCAAGAGCAUGAGCAGUACCAGGCAAAUGUGGAUGAGUUCCAGCUGUGGCUGCAGGCAGUGGUGGAGAAGGCACACAGCUGCCUGGGACGGAACCGCAAGCUGAGCCCCACACACCGACUCUCUGCGCUGCAGGACAUCGCCCGGGAUUUCCCCAGGGGAGAGGAGUCGCUGCAGCGGCUGGAGGAGCAGUCGGUCGGUAUCAUCCAGAACACGUCUCCCCUGGGUGCGGAGAAGGUGGCCGCAGAACUGGAAGACAUGCGGAAGGUUCUGGAGAAACUGCGGAUGCUUUGGGAGGAGGAGGAGGAGCGGCUGCAGGGCCUGCUCAGGGCCGAGGGAGCCUGCGAGCAGCGGGCCCAGCAGCUGGAGGCUGAGCUGGGAGAAUUCCGGAAGCGCCUUCACGGGCUGGCCCAGGAGGGGCUGGAACCUGCGGCUAUGGCGAAGGCUGGCACGGAGGAUGAGCUGGUGGCGCGCUGGAGACGCUGCACGGCUAUGCAGGCGGCCCUGGCCUUGGAGGAGCCCCGGGUGGAGCGGCUACAGGCCCAGCUGAAAGAGCUCCUGGUCUUCCCACAUCACCUGCAGCCUCUCUCCAAAAGUGUUGUGGCCGCCAUCCAGGAUUAUCAGAGCCUAAAGGGGAAGAACACGAGGAUGCGCAACACUGUGGGCGCACAGCUGUGGCAGCGCUUCCAGCGGCCCCUGCAGGACCUGCAGCUGUGGAAGGCCCUGGCCCAGCGGCUCCUGGAGGUCACGGCCAGCCUGCCAGACCUACCCUCCAUCCACACCUUCCUGCCCCAGAUCGAGGCGGCCCUGGUGGAAAGCUCUCGCCUGAAGGAGCAGCUGACCAUGCUGCAGCUCAAGAAAGACCUCCUGGGCAGCGUCUUUGACCGGGACAGAGCAGCGGCCCUCCUGGAGGAGGUGGCGAGUUUGGUGAGGGACAGGGACCUGCUGCAUAACAGCCUCCUGCAGCGGAAGAGCAAGCUGCAGAGCUUGCUGGCCCAGCACCAGGACUUCGGGGCCGCACUCGAACCCCUGCAGAGGAAGCUGCUGGACUUGAAGGUCCAGCUCCUUGCUGAGAAGGAGCUGCAGCGGGACCUUCCUGAGAAGCAGGCGCAGCUCUCGAGGUUGCAGGGGCUGCAGGAGGAAGGACUGCAGCUGGGGGCGCAGGUGGAGUCUGUGAAGUCACUGGUACAGGAGAAUUCCAGCCACCAGCAUAGAUGGGGCCAGCUCUCCUCUGACUGCCAGGCCCUGCAGCGGGCUCUGGAGGACCUCGUGGAUGACCGUCGGCAGAGUGUGCGGGAGCACUUCACCUUCAGCCACGAGCUGCUGGAGCUGCGGCAGUGGAUCGCUAUGCUCACGGAGAAGCUGGAGGCGCGCCAGGGAGACGGCGCAUCCCAAGAGGCCGAGGUAGAGAGGCUGCUGGAAGACUUCCCGGAGAAGGAGGCCCAGCUGCUGCUGACCGAAGCACAUGGCCGCUUGGUGCUAGAGAAAUCUUCUCAGGAGGGGGCCAGGGGAAUCCAGGAGCAGCUGAGGGAGCUGACGGAAUCCUGGCAGGCCCUGCAGCUGCUGAAGGAGCGCGUACUGAGCUUCAUCAGGGACCAACAGCUGCAGAGGACGGAUAUGGAUUCAGGGAAGGGAAUGGUUUUCACCAACAACAUCCCCAAGCCUGGGUUCCUCAUCGACCCUGCGGAUCCUCUUCCCAGGCAUCGCCGGGGGGCACACCUGCUCAUGGAGGAAGGGGGCAGCCGGGAGGAGCCAUCCCGGCUCCUGAGGGACUUCAAACAGUGGCUGCAGUUGGAAAACACCAAGCUGGUUCAGAUCGUCGCAGCAAGAGCCAGCACCGCUGAGGACCUGGCGGCCCUGGAGCUGCAGGAGCUGGAGGCACACGUGCCGGAAGGUCAGCAUCUCUUCGAGUCCCUUCUUCAUCUUGCACCUGCACGGGAGACCUCGGAGGAAUUGGAGGAUGUGCGCUACCGAUGGAUGCUAUACAAGUCCAAGCUCAGGGACUCCAGCCACCUGCUGACGCUGAGUUCUCCGGGGGAGCUGCCUGGAUGCCAAAAGACUCGGCGGCGGCGAGGCCUUGGCCAACUCUUCCGGAAGGCAUGCUGCACAGCGCUCCCACUGCAGCUGCUGCUGCUGCUGCUGCUGUUGCUGCUGUUCCUGCUGCCCGUCGGGGACGAGGCCCGCAGCUGCACGCUGGCCAACAACCUCGCUCGCUCCUUCACACUCAUGCUGCGCCACCAUGGCCCCCCGCCCACCUAGCCGGCCAGCCACACAGGCCUCCGAGCAGUCCCAGACCCACCUACGGGCACAUCGGCGGGGAACCUGGUCCCAGCCUGGACAGCUGCAGCACCGCCUAAGCACACAUACCGUGUCAGUGUUCCCAGCACCAGCUUACCUCGGAUGCAGCGUGGUCUGCAUCUGUGUGUACUAACCAUGCGUGUGACUGAGCAAUCCCGUGCGGCUCCCUGCAGAUGCUCCGUCUGAUGUCCUGGGACGUCUGUUAGUAGCUGGGGGGAUUCCCAGCAAGGAGCCUUUGUAGCAUCUGUGCCUUCAUUUGCAGGCAGCACCGGAGCCUGGAAUGAUGAUGACCGAUCCUCUCUCAUGGCAGCCUCUUUUCCAGAAGCGCAUGGACAGGCCUCUGGGUGCCAGCACAGGAGUGCAGCCUGGGCUCUCGUGGCCUGCCUCAUGAUGCUGCUUUAUGCACAGUGAGAAUGCGUACGCCCGUCUACUUCUCAAUUCCAGGCUGUGGAUUGCAGUAGAAAUGGCGACAGCCAGAGGCAGGCCUGGUGACAGCUCCUAGAUGUGAGGCGUGAUGAGGACAGGGGGCGAGGGGACAUGGGCAGGAAGCACUGGACAGGUCAGCUGGUGAUGUCAGGUGCAGGAGCGCCAG